CGCCGCGCGCCUGCGCAGUGGUCUCGGGCCGCGCACGGUCCGGGCUGGGCAGGCGGCCGAGGGCGGGUACGCGUGGGGCUCUGCUGACCGUUGCCCCCUCCGCCGGUACCCAGGGACAGCUCCCUCGCCGCCUCGCCUCCCCCCCUCCCCGGCUAGGGUCACAUCUCCACAGCGCAGCCGGGGAGGGGAGGAGCCCUCCAGCGCGGAACCGGGGCUCUCUGCUCGGCCCGCCCUGAGGGGCGUGGGAGGGCGGGGCCGCGGACUUCGGACUCCAGCCCCCGGCGCUCGGCUUCCCCUGACGCCCUCAGCUAUCCCUGGCCAGAGGGAGCCAUGUCCGCGCUGCUGGGGCUCCGGCCCGAGGUGCAGGACACCUGCACCUCGCUGGGGCUGAUGCUGUUGGUCGUGCUGCUCAUGGGGCUGGCCCGCGUGAUCGCCCGGCAGCAGCUGCACAGGCCCACGGCCCACGCCUUCGUCCUGGAGUUUCUAGCCACCUUCCAGCUCUGCUGCUGCACCCAUGAGCUCCAACUGCUGAGCGAGCAGGAUCCCGCGCACCCCACCUGGACGCUGACGCUGAUCUACUUCUUCUCCUUGGUGCAUGGCCUGACCCUGGUGGGCACAGCUAGCAACCCGUGCGGCGUGAUGAUGCAGAUGAUUCUGGGGGCUAUGUCCCCCGAGACGGGUGCCAUGAGGUUGUUGGCUCAGCUGGUUAGCGCCCUAUGCAGCAGGUACUGCAUAAGCGCCCUGUGGAGCCUGAGUCUGACCAAGUACCACUUCAAUGAGAGGAGCUUAGCUUGCAAGAAUCCCAUCCACACGGACAUGUCCAAAGCGAUCAUCACAGAGGCCAUCUGCUCCUUUAUUUUCCACAGCGCUCUACUGCACUUCCAGGAGGUCCGAACCAAGCUUCGCAUCCACCUGCUGGCUGCACUCAUCACCUUCUUGGCCUAUGCAGGAGGGAGCCUCACGGGGGCGCUGUUCAACCCAGCUCUGGCGCUCUCUCUGCAUUUCCCUUGCUUCGAUGAGAACUUCUACCAGUUUUUUGUAGUGUACUGGCUUGCUCCUUCUCUAGGUGUGCUGCUGAUGAUCCUGAUGUUCAGCUUUUUCCUUCCCUGGCUGCAUAACAACCAAAUGACUAAUAAGAAGGAGUAACUACUCCCAAGGACGCAAACUGAGUCACAGGACAGUCAAGCUGGACGUGACAGAUGUGCUCCCCUUUCAAACUCCGGCCGCACUGGCCUCACCGUGUGGAAGAUGUCUUGAUGUUUCCACUACCUGGACUUAAAAUGACUGUGGAAAUGGGCUAGCCUGUACUUGUCAGUUAAGCUCGUUCUUUGAGUGAUGUAUUAAACGCUGCUAGAAAAGGCUCA